UCGUGCACCUAGCACGCGCGCCGUGGCAUGCAACGCAAGUAACUGCUUAUGCCUAUAUACAACGCUGAUCUCUUCGAGGUGUACAUAGCUAUAUAUAUCUAGAGUUUUGGCUAGAUUAGUUGCUAUAUAUCUAGCUAGAACUCAAAUCCCUGUUGAUUCAGACACCACCAUCGACGCGCGUACAUAUAAAUUGCCGGUCUGAUAAAUGGCGGCCGUAGGCGGCGGUGGCAGGAGGGCGUGGGUGGUGGACGUGGAGAGGACUCUCAGCGAGGCCGAUGCGUCGGUGGAGGUGUCGCGGUGGCAGCGCCACUGCAUCUACCGCGUGCCGGCGUGUAUCAAGGACCUCAACCCCAAGGCCUACAGGCCGCAGGUGGUGUCGCUGGGUCCCCUCCACCACGGCGACGCCGAGCUGCUGCCGAUGGAGGAGCACAAGCUCCGGGCGCUGCGCCACCUGCUGCGGCGGGCCAAGCGGCCGCUGGAGGAGUUCGCGGCCGCCGUGGAGGAGGUCGCGGAGCAGCUGGAGAGCGCGUACAUGGACCUCGGCGCCGAGUGGUGCGGCCUGGACGGCGGCAGGGAGAAGUUCUUGGAGAUGAUGAUCGUGGACGGGUGCUUCCUGCUGGAGGUGAUGAGGGCCGCUGACCCCGGCGUGAAGAGCGCCGAAGACUACGCAUCCAACGAUCCCAUCUUCAGCCGCCACGGGGUGCUUUACAUGGUGCCCUACAUCCGCCGCGACAUGCUCAUGCUCGAGAACCAGCUGCCGCUGCUCCUGCUAGAGAAGCUCGUCGCCGUCGAGACAGCCAAGCCUCAGAACGACGACGUCAUCAACAUGAUGGUUCUAAGGUUCCUGUCCCCGGCGUCCCGGCGGGCACCGACCGGCGCCGGUUUGAGGCUUCACCCGCUGGACGUCUACCGCCGGAGCAUGCUCUACAGCCCGCACCCGUCACGGCGUAGCCGGCCCGACGUGCCAGAGACGGACAUCAUCCGAUCGGCGGUGGAGCUGUACGAGGCCGGGAUCCGGUUCAAGAAGAGCAACUCGGAGUGCCUCCACGACAUCCGGUUCCGGCACGGCGUGCUGAGCAUGCCGGCGGUGUCGGUGGACGACUCCACGGAGUACAUGUUCCUGAACAUGAUGGCGUUCGAGCGGCUGCACGUCGGCGCCGGGAACGACGUGACGGCGUACAUCUUUUUCAUGGAUAACAUCAUCGACUCGGCCAAGGACGUGGCGCUCCUGAGCUCCAAGGGCAUCAUCCAGAACGCCAUCGGCAGCGACAAGGCGGUGGCGAAGCUGUUCAACAGCAUCUCCAAGGAUGUGGUGAUCGAGCCGGAGAGCGCGCUCGAAUCCGUGCAGCGGCAGGUGAACGCCUACUUCCGGAAGCCGUGGAAUAUGUGGCGCGCCAACCUCAUCCACACCUACUUCCGGAGCCCCUGGGCGUUCCUCUCUCUUCUCGCCGCUGUCUUCCUCCUCGUCAUGACCAUCAUGCAGACCGUCUACACCGUGAUGCCAUUCUACAAGGGCCAAGCCAGCAGCAGCUCGCCGGCGGCGCCAGCUCCGAUGUGAUCUGUAUUGGCCGUCGUUUGCAUUCAUCUGCAUGCGUGCUCGCCGGCACAACAGUGGGUGAUCGGUUUGAGUUGGCUUUGCCCUUGCUUGAGGUGUGGUGUGUUGAAUGUUGUGAAUUCCAUUGUAUUGGUUUUUUGGCUUCUUUUGUUUGCCAUGUUUGAGUUGUUCAAUUGAAAGUCUGGGGUUAUGGAAAAAAGAUCAUUUGGCAAACAAAGUUGGAAAAAUCAGACUGCAAUCCCCCUCAAUUGUGGUGGGGAAAAUAUGAAAAAGAAUAAAUCAAACCGGCAACUUAUAUAGCGAA